AUGAUGAAGGAGAAGGCAAACACCACCAUCAGGCACAGGAAGAGCGAGAGGAAGAAGGCCGCCGUGCGCCACCGUGAGAGCCGGCCGGCCUUUCUCAAGGGCCCCGCUUCCUUCUCAGCGCAGUUCGCUUGGCUCUCGGGCGCGUUGCACUCCUCGUUCUUGAGUAGCAUAAAGCCAUUUGAAGCCAGCCCGGCACACAACACCGCUGUGGGGACAAAGCGGCCAAAGCAAACAACACGUGUGCUGUGCGGCUCUGCCGGCAGCCUGCGCAUUCCCGGGCCCAAUGUGAAGGAAGGGCUGCUUGUUAUGGUGAAAGCCCUGGAUGGCGGAGGGCUGCGACUCCGGGGCGGGAAUCGCCCACGGGCCUCCCCGGGCUACCUGCCUGCCUGCCUGCCCGCCCGCCCGCCCGCCCGGGAAAGGGGCACCCGCGCCGCGAUCGACGGGGCCGGCUUACCACGCCUCCCUCCUCCGGGCCGCCGCGGUGGCCUCAGGCCUCUCCCAGCCGAGGACCCGGGAUUCGCGAGCGGCGGCGGCGGCGGCGGCGGCGGCGGCGGGCGCAUGCGCACUCCAGCGCCUCUUCGGCAGCGGCCGACCGGAUGUGGCGAGGCAGCCGGCCAGCGCGUGGGGAUGGCGAGGCCCGAGCUGCUGCUGCCGGUGCUGCUCCGCGGGGAGCGCCGCCGCCGCCUGGGCCUGCUCCCGCUCCUGCUCCGCGCCGGGACCGGGCGGGGAGUGGGGGGCAGGGGAGGCGGGGCUGCCGCCCUCUCCCCCCGCGCUCCGGCCUUCUGCUCCCUCGCCGCCCUGGCGCCGCCAACGCCGCCGCUCCUGCCCCUGCCGAGCUGGGCCUCCGGGCGCCGCUGCAGCACGCGGGCCGCCCCGAGCGGCGGCGAGGAGGACGCGCCGCCGCUGCACAGGCUGCUCAGCCGCCCGGAGAGCGUCCCAGGUUCCGCCUCCACGCACGAGUUCCAGGCCGAGACUCGGAAGCUGCUGGACAUCGUGGCCCGAUCCCUCUACUCGGAGAAGGAGGUAUUUAUCCGGGAGCUGAUCUCCAAUGGCAGCGAUGCGCUGGAAAAACUGCGCCAUAAAAUGUUGUCCGAAGGGAAGGAUCUGCCAGAACUGGAGAUUCAUCUUGAGACAGACUCCAAGGAGAGAACUCUCACCAUCCAGGACACGGGCGUUGGGAUGACCCAGGAGGAGCUUCUGUCUAAUCUUGGCACUAUCGCUCGAUCCGGCUCCAAGGCCUUUCUGGAUAUGCUGCAGAACCAGACCGAGGCCAGCAGUAAGAUCAUCGGCCAGUUUGGAGUGGGUUUCUAUUCAUCCUUCAUGGUGGCUGAUCGGGUGGAAGUUUUCUCGCAGUCCGCAGCGUCCGGGAGCCCCGGCUACUGCUGGCGCUCAGACGGUUCAGGGACAUUUGAGAUCUCAGAAGCUUCCGGAGUUCGAGCUGGGACCAAAAUAGUCCUCCAUCUCAAGGAGGACUGCAAAGAGUUUGCCAGUGAAGAGCGAGUCAAAGAGGUCAUCACAAAAUACAGCAACUUCAUCAGCUUUCCCCUCUACCUAAAUGGGCAGCGUGUCAACACCUUGCAGGCGCUGUGGGUGAUGGAGCCCAAGGAGAUUGGGGACUGGCAGCACAAGGAGUUCUACCGCUUCAUCGCCCAGGCGUACGACGAGCCUCGCUACGUCCUCCACUACAAGACAGACGCGCCCCUUAACAUCCGCAGCAUCUUCUACGUGCCGGAGACGAAGCCUUCCACGUUUGAUGUCAGCCGUGAGCUGGGCUCCAGCGUUGCCCUCUACAGCCGCAAGGUCCUGAUCCUGACCAAAGCCACGGAGAUCUUGCCCAAAUGGCUGCGCUUCCUGAAAGGGGUUGUGGACAGUGAGGACAUCCCCUUGAACCUCAGCCGGGAGCUGCUUCAGGAGAGCACCCUGAUCAGGAAGCUCCGGGAUGUCUUGCAGCAGAGGCUGGUUAAGUUCUUCGUCGACCAAAGUAAGAAGGACCCCAAGAAAUACGCCAAGUUCUUUGAGGACUACGGGCUCUUCAUGCGUGAGGGGAUCGUGACGAUCGCCGAGCAGGAGAUCAAGGAGGAGAUUGCCAAGCUGCUGCGCUACGAGUCUUCCGCGCUGCCAGCCGGCCAGCUGACCAGCCUCCCGGACUAUGCCGGCCGCAUGCCAGCCGGCAGCAGGAACAUCUAUUACUUGUGUGCCCCUAACCGGCACCUGGCUGAGCACUCGCCGUACUACGAAGCCAUGAAGAAGAAGGACGCCGAGGUGCUGUUCUGCUAUGAGCAGUUUGACGAACUGACCCUCCUGCACCUCCGGGAGUUUGACAAGAAGAAGCUGAUGUCCGUGGAGACAGACAUUGUCGUUGACCACUACAAAGAGGAGAAGUUUGAGGAGAGCCGCCCAGCAGAAGAGUGCCUGAGUUCUCCAGAUGCAGAGGACCUCCUGGCCUGGAUGAGGAACGCUCUUGGCUCUCGCGUGGCUACGAUCAAGGUGACCCCACGGCUGGACACGCAUCCCGCCAUGAUCACAGUGCUGGAGAUGGGUGCCGCUCGCCACUUCCUGCGCAUGCAGCAGCUGGCCAAGACCAGUGAGGAGCGGGCCCAGAUGCUGCAACCCACGCUGGAGAUAAAUACAGGGCACGCGCUGAUCAAGAAACUCAGCCAGCUGCGCUUGAGCCAGCCGGACUUGGCCCAAAUGCUGCUUGACCAGAUCUACGACAACGCCAUGAUAGCGGCAGGACUGAACGACGACCCCAGGCCAAUGGUGAACCGGCUGAAUGAGCUCCUCGCCAAAGCCCUGGAGAAGCAUUGAGGGCCACGUCCUGAGCAUGGCGCCGACACUGUCUGAGUGCGACGUUUCCGCACUGCUUGCCGGGACGCUGUUUUUCUCCAGAGAGGGGAUUUGGCCUAUGUGGCUGUCUUGACUUUUCCAGUGCAUUUGUGGAAGCGGCUUGGUGGCUCAGUCAGCAAGCGGCCCUAAGUCUGGCUUUUACCCUGCUGAAAACAGCAAACAGAUGUGCUACGUGGAAAUGUCUUUCAUUUCAUUUUAAAAUGUGCACUUUUGGAUUGCUCUGGGGGUCCCUGCGGUGCCGGUGAUUGGCUGCCAGGGUUUCCCUGAACUUCUGUGUCCGAAUUCUAGCGGCCCUUGAGGGCUGGCAGUUACUCUUCCUUUGUCUUGAAUAAAGUCUCUUUUCAGUUCUAAGACGUUCGUACUGCCCCCCCCCCCCCCGGCGUGUUUUGAGUUUGCCUGGUUCAUGGAUGGGGUGGGGAGGUGGACCUCCAGGCUGCUCCAGUCUUUGGGGGACCCACUGGAAAGUGAGUCUCCUUGAAAUCCAUGGGACUUAACUUCUAAAAA